UGUGCGACUGGCGUGGUGUGACAUUACGCACUGGCUGCAGUGAUUUCUGCUCUCUUUUACCACAGCGGAGGGAACAUCAGGCUGUAAGCUAUAAUAGCUUGUUAUCUGAUCAUCAGGGCAAUGCAAUAAUAUGAUCCACGUGUAUCCCCUAAUGGAAACACAGACACACAGGGAAAUGGCACAGGCAGAGAUCCUACAGGAGAGAACCAGAAAGCCCGUGGAGGAGAUGACAGAGGAACAGUUCCUCAAAGACCUCUACACGUUCAUGAAGAAGAGAGAUACACCCGUCGAGAGAAUCCCAAAUCUGGGCUUCAAACAAAUUGAUCUAUAUGUGAUGUUCAAGAUUGUCAAAGACUUCGGUGGCUACCACCAGGUGACUUCCCAGCAGCUGUGGAAACAAGUGUACAACACACUCGGAGGAAACCCUCGAAGCACAAGUGCAGCCACCUGCACCCGCAGACACUACGAGAAGCUACUGCUGCCAUACGAAUGCCACCUAACAGGCAUAUUGGUGAACGUGUUGCCUCGCAAUCAGCCGAAGCACUUCCACUUUGCCAACUACAGCAAAGAGCAGGACGACGGGCAGCGGCCACUGAAACGCAAACUGGUAUCGAUGCCUCUGCACCAGAACCAACACAACCUCCGAUCAGACCUACAAGAGACUGUCUUCCCUGUGACGCCCUACUAUGCUCGCCACUUUCACCCCACCCACGCAGUUCUGCCCCCCCAUGUCCCUAUCCCCUCCUAUAGCCCCCCUGCCCCCAAACCAUGGUUGUCUUUCCCUCCAUCUCAUCUAAACCCAACAGACAGGGCAAAGGAGCCGCUGGAGCAGUUGCGCUACCUAGCAGAACAGUACAAGACCACAUCUGGAUUGACUGAGCCUGGAUUGACUGAGCCUGGAUUGACUGAGCCUUGGAACCUCAGCAUCAAUGCAUCACGGCGGGAAGCCAACAGCAUCCCCGCCUCAUCGUUCACCCCGACUUCAUCCAGCAAGAGCCCAAAGUUUCUGAACAAACCCUCCCCUCUGUACACUCCUCAUCAUCCGCAGGUGGUGAGACAUGAUGGGUGUGAGACACAAGAUGGCGAAGCAGGUUUAGGAGACAAGUCAUAUUUGCAUCUUGUGAAAGCUAGUGAGGCGUAUGCCGUCGACGUCAAAGCCAUAACUCCAGCAGCCUCAAGCAGCCCGUCAUAUGACUCUGCUCCGACACUGAGAACAGACGUAGGCGCCACCACAAUGCCACAAAAACCCAGCUCUCCAAAAAGAGAAACACACAGUAUCUGGGCAAAAGAAGAAAGAGAGGGGAGUCCAGAAGUAAGGGAGCUCAACUUCAGUCACCUUCUGCCCAGCUUCUCUCAGCAGAACGGAGGCAAGAUGGAAAUUGAGGUACCGCUGUCUGUCUUUCGUAACUGGCUCCGGCAGUGUGGGUCUUCAGCCGCGAUGCUUGGAGCGAAGCAGCUACCUACUCUUCCUCCGCGGGAGGACACAGACUUCCUCCCCACCAACCUGACAUUUCACAUGAAUCCCCAACACCAGAGUUCUGCAGAGGACCUGAGGCUGACGCGAAGGAAUUUGCCAAGCCCCAUACCAACCACCCACACUACUGGUAAACCCCACAAUGCGAGCCAAAAUACUUUCACCACCUACAAGCCUUUGCCUUCAGGCGGUAUUCUGAAAAGUGCAGCCAGCCAAGAUGUCUAUCCAUUUGAGAUUAAUAAAUCAUUAAUCUCCAAACCCCUUUAUUUCUGGGACACAUAUGCCAAAGAGACCCAGGCCUCCCCCAUCCCAGUGAACAUUGACUCUAUUCCCUGCACAGCUCAGGAAGACAUUGCAGCCUCAACGUCCUAUGAAGACACAGUCCCAGGAGGGAAGGGGGGGUCAGACAUGGGUCCCUCGGCUGGGCUUAUGUUGAAUUCCAGCUCCACUUCUCUGUCGCAGCUCACCACCGAGGAAGUGAUGAAGCUGAGGAAAAUGAUCUCGAGCUCCUUGUGAAGAUCAGUUCAGAUAGUGACACUCCAGCACCACUUUAAAGCUUACCCACGUUACAUUGCUCUUUGUAUGUACUGCAUCUUACUGAAGUUAUAUAAUAGCAUUGAGUUGUCUCUAAAAGUGUGAAAUAAGCAAAUAUGUAUAAUCUUAUGAAUAAUUAUAAUUUCCCAUCAGGAGCAGAAAACUGUUUUCUGUAUUGAAUGUUAUAUAAUACAUUACUUUUUUUUUAUUAUGUAAAUUAAAAUAAA